GAGAGAGGAAGCUUUCCACAGCAUCAUCUGACAGGAGAGGCUGAGAUCCGACAGCAGGUGUUAGAGCACUAAAACUGAAUCAGACAGAGAAGUAGAGGGAGAGAAGGAAAGAGAGAAAGUGGGGAAGACAUUUGGUGGUGAGCGAUAGCAAAAUACCAUUCUGUGAAGCAGUUAAGUAAAAGGGGAGAGGUAGAAACUAAGAGCCUGUGAGAGACGGAGACAGCGAGAGGGAGAGAACAUAGUUGUAUCCAGCACUUUCCAUCAGCGUUCUCCUGACUAGGUUCUGCUGCAUAGAGCAGUGCUGAUCGUCCACUGAUCUCUUCAUCCCAUGCUGGACCCUGCCUCUGCACUCCGCUCGCUCUGCUCACACUGAUGCCUAGGCAAACAGGAUGGAAGGAUUCCUCGUAUCUCUGACACACUAGAGCCCUCGCUGUCACACUCCAAACCUCCGUAUCGCGCUCGCUCGUUAUCAAAGGGUAGCAGAAUGGACGAGCAGAGAUGCACCUUCCCUCCACCCCUCAAAACAGAGGAGGACUAUAUCCCUUACCCCAGCGUUCACGAGGUCCUGGGUCGUACGAGCCCCUUCCCCCUCAUCCUGCUGCCUCAGUUCGGAGGCUACUGGAUCGAGGGGACCAAUCACAAACCCAGUGCCACACCUGAGCCUGAGCAGAAGCCAUGUGCUGCCUCCCACAUCAAGCUGGAGACCAACAGCACAGCCAAGAUCUACAGGAAACAGUUCAUGGGCAAGGAACACUUUAAUUACUACUCCAUGGACAUCGCCCUGGGCCACCUGGUCUUCUCCAUGAAGUAUGAUGUCAUCGGGGACCAGGAGCACCUCUGCUUGCUGCUAAGGACCAAAUUAAAAACCCACCAUGAUGUGAUUCCUAUCUCCUGCCUGACUGAGUUCCCCAACGUGGUCCAGAUGGCCAAGCUGGUGUUUGAAGAGGUAAACGUGGACAGAUUUUACCCGGUCCUCUACCCGAAGGCCUCAAGGCUCAUUGUCACCUUUGAUGAGCAUGUCAUCAGCAACAAUUUCAAGUUUGGAGUCAUUUAUCAGAAGUUUGGCCAGACCACCGAGGAGGAGCUAUUUGGGAACAGUGACGAGAGUCCUGCUUUUGUAGAGUUCUUGGAGUUUCUGGGGGACAAGAUUGAGCUCCAUGACUUUAAAGGGUUCAGAGGAGGACUGGACGUCACCCAUGGCCAGACAGGAACAGAGUCUGUCUACACUAACUUUCACAACAAGGAGAUCAUGUUCCACGUGUCCACCAAGCUGCCAUACACAGAGGGAGACUCCCAGCAGCUGCAGAGGAAGAGGCACGUAGGCAACGACAUCGUGGCCAUCUUGUUUCAGGAGGAAAACACACCCUUUGUGCCAGACAUGAUAGCCUCCAACUUCCUGCAUGCCUACGUGGUGGUGCAGGUGGAGAAUGCCUGCUCAGACAACGUCACAUACAAGGUGUCUGUGACAGCGAGAGAUGAUGUGCCUUUCUUUGGACCCGCUCUACCGGACCCAGCCAUCUUUAAAAAGGGACAUGAGUUCCAUGAGUUCCUGUUCACCAAGCUGAUCAAUGCGGAGUACGCCUGUUACAAGGCUGAGAAGUUUGCCAAACUGGAGGAGCGCACGCGGUCGGCCCUGUUGGAGACCCUGUAUGAGGAGCUACACAUCAACAGCCAGUCCAUGAUGGGCCUGGGAGGGGACGAGGACAAACUGGAGAAUGGGGCUGGGGGGGGCUUCUUUGAGUCCUUUAAGCGGGUGAUCCGCAGCAGAAGCCAGUCUAUGGAUGCCAUGGGCCUCAGUAACAAGAAGCCACACACUGUCUCCACUAGUCUCAGUAGCAGCUUUACUGAGACCCCCAAAACCCCAGGGAUAUCUCUGAUCAUUCCUGGGAAGAGCCCCACCAGGAAGAAGUCUGGGCCCUUCAGCGCCAGACGGAGCAGUGCCAUUGGGAUCGAGAACAUCCAGGAGGUGCAGGAGAGGAGUCGGGAAGUGUCUCCCAGCACACAGAGGACUCCAGACAGUGGACACAUCUCCCAGGAACCCAAAUCAGAGAACUCAUCCAAUCAGAGCUCACCAGAGAUGCCCACCACAAAGAACAGUUUGGCCAUGUGUUGCAGGGCCCCUUCUAUCCCUGAGGCCCAGGACCUUUCCCGCUCCUCGUCCAAUGCCAGCAGCUUCGCCAGCGUGGUGGAGGAACACGAUAACGAGGGCAUCGAGGAGUACGACACAGGACUGGAGAGUCUGUCCUUUUCUGGAACACCACACAAGAGGGACUCAUUUGCGUACGUCUCCUGGGUAGAGGAUAGUGUGAGCAGUACUAGUGCCACCAGCCAGGGCAGCUCUCCAGCACCUGCAUGGCCCCAGCAGCCUGAGGGGGGCAAAGGGGUAGAGCUCAAAAAGGCGGAGAGCCGAGACAAGACAGAGCGUUCACAGGAUAAGUCAUCAUCGCAUUCCCAUAAGAGGCACCCCCUGCAGGAGAUGAAGCAAGCGCACGUGUUUUCCACCACUGACGCAGAGGAGGAGCAGAGCUAGUCGCUGGGACAGAGACAGACCUGGUGUAGGCUAGUCCAGUCUGAACAGCCAGGUCCAUGGACAUGCACUUACUGCCCUCCCUCAUCCCAACUCUAUGUGGCUGACUCCCAGCAUGCCUAGAGGGGUGAAGGAGAGGAGCGGCCCGCACCCAUUCCCAAAAGGAGUGCCACUCACACAGCAUCACUUCUGGCUGUUGUCUGUUGGCUCGCUUAGCCUGCAUACAUUUUUGCUCCGUGAGCUCUGUGAAGCCUGAAUCAUAGUACACUCUCCCUUGUCCUGUCUAUGGCAUUGUUUAUUGUUUUGUUUUGAAGGUGAUGGCAGGGGUGGAUCUUAAGCAUUAGACAGAUUGGUGUUGCAGGAGAUCCGUUGAUCAUGCAUUAGGGGAAGUUUUCUGUUAGGCUAAAGAGGAAUGCAUGAGAAGGAUAAGAGGGUGUUGUCCUGUUGUCAUUGUUGGAAGAACUGACAUUAUUGCUCCCAUCAACCUCAUGUCCCACCAUGAUACUGUACAUUUGUUACUCUUGGUGUCCCGGAUCCUUUGAUGUCACACCAAGCCUGUUUUAUUAAUGGUCAAUUAUGAGUGUAAUGGUGGAUGUUGACUAGAAACUUUUGGUAAAUGUUACAUGUUUUUGAUAGAAGGUACUUUUAUCCUCAUGCUGCUGCUGGUUUUGAUUCCAUUAUUCAUUUCCCCUGACAAACUGUACAAUUACAGUUUGCAGUUUAUGUUGAUGAAUGGAAAAUAUUUUACUGACUCCAUAACUAUGGUCAACCUAUUUCAGGCCAUUUAAAGGGGUAAUCUGCAGUUCUAAAAAGAACAAAGUGGCAAACCCGCCACUAUUUCAAUAACCAGCUGAGUGAUGGGGCUGGAGAAAAGUAACCACUCUCAAAUUCAUAGACAAAGCUAUGGAUGCAAGGACUGACCAUCUAUGAU